AAGAAGGAUAUGCUACCUUCAAGUAUGACGCCCUCCGUCAAAAGCUGAGUUUUGCCACUGCAAAGGUGUCCGGUCCGAAUUGGCCACUAUUGUUGGUCGGUUUAGCUGCUUAUCUCCCUGAGACAGUCGUGGAUGCUGCCUUGAAGGAAAAGCUCCAUAUUCUACUUAUGAAGACUAAUGGAA